UCAAUCAUCUCGUCUUUUCGCUUCCUUUCCUUUUCCCAUUCAUCGUUAAGCAUCCUAUUACACCCUUCACAAAACUGCCCACUCUAGUCAUUCCUUUGGCCCGCUCCGUGCUAUCUCUAUCCACCGCCAUCAUCGAGCAGCCAUUAUGCGGGCAUUCUGGCCUUUGCUGAGCCUGGCAGCUGUAGCCACUGCUCACGAUGGCCCUGAUCUCAACCUCUUCGAUUAUGGCCAGCGAGGACCUCUCUUAGGCACGUGGUUGGGUAUACCCGGGCAAAAUGCCACAUUCGACUAUAUCGUUAUAGGCGGGGGAACUGCCGGUUUGACUGUUGCUAGCCGACUGGUCAAGAGCGGAUAUCUCAGCGUGGCCGUCGUGGAGGCAGGCGGCUUCUACGAAAUUGACAAUGGAGACCUGUCCGUGAUUCCCGAAUAUAUGAACUUUUUCAUCGGUCCAGAUCCCAGUGACUACCAGCCGCUCAUUGAUUGGGGGUUCCUGACCCAACCGCAGCAGAGUCUGGGAGAUCGUGUUCUUCACUUACCACGCGGGAAAACACUCGGGGGCGGCUCAGCAAGACACCACAUGUACUACCAGCGCCCUACCAUAGGCAGCUUGCACAAGUGGGCGGAAGAGGUAGACGACGAGAGCUAUGAAUUUGACAACAUGCUCCCAUACUAUAAGAAGUCGGUUCAUUUUACUCCCCCGGAUGAGGAACUUUUCACCAACUCGACGAACAUACAAAACCCAGAGGCCUUCAGCUCGUCCGGUGGCCCUCUUGAGGUUUCCUCGGGGAACUUCGUUGAUGGCUUUGGAACCUGGCUUCGCAAAGCACUCAUUGCUCUUGGGUUGAAGCAGACCGAAUUCAACAGUGGCAAUCUCUCGGGAUCUGGAUAUUCAACCCUGACCAUCAACCCCAGCAAUGCUCAUCGUUCCUCGUCGGAGACUAGUUUUUUGCAAUCGACACUGAACAGUGGCAUAGGCCCUGUGGUGUAUCACAAGACCCUUGCACAGAGAAUCAAUUUCGAUACGCACAGAGUCACAACGGGCGUCCAGGUCCAAACGGCCGGAACUUUCGGCACUCCAUCUGUCAACUUCACCCUCAGUGCUCGGAAGGAGGUUAUAUUGUCUGCAGGAGCCAUUCAGUCCCCCCAGUUGUUGAUGGUAUCGGGUAUCGGUCCACACGACCAGCUUUCCCGGUUCAACAUCACCUGCAUCAGUCACACGCCAGGAGUUGGUCAGAACUUACAAGAUCAUCCUAUGGCUGGAACAACCCACCGAGUAGAUGUCCCAACUGUAGCCACAUUGGCUGACGAUGAGGCGCUCGUGGAGUCCAAUGUCAAACAAUACAUUGAGAAUGCCACCGGACCACUAUCCCUCCCUGGGCCGGGGUACUUUGGAUGGGAGAAAUUACCCAAGCCAUACCGCUGGCGUCUUUCCAAUGAAACUAUCGCAGCGCUUUCCACCUUGCCGGAUGACUGGCCGGAAACCAUGUAUACCGCCAGCGGCUUUGCACAGACUGCCAAUGCGGACGAUAAACAGAUAUAUGCCACCAUCGUUUUUGCAGAUGCUGCACCUUUUUCCCGCGGCCAGAUCACACUGGCAGGCCCAAAUAUGACAACUCCGCCCAUCAUUGACCCCCAAUGGCUCUCGAACUCUACAGACAUGGAGGUCAUGGUUAACGCGGUCAAGCGAAGUCGCCAGAUUUGGGCGGAGCUGGCCGAGCUAGGUGUCGCCGACCCAGAAGAAUAUCUCCCCGGGAACAAUGUAACGACAAAUGAGCAAAUCCGUGACUUCCUCCGGAAAAACACGAUUACUUUCUCACACGCGUCGUCAACUUGUAAAAUGGGACGGAAAGACGACCCAAUGGCAGUCUUAGAUAGCUCUGCACGGGUGUAUGGGGUCCGGGGUCUGCGGGUUGUUGAUGCGAGCAGUUUCCCUUUCCUGCCUCCAGGGCUUCCGCAGUCGACAGUCUAUGCUUUUGCAGAGAAGAUUGCCGAUGAUAUCUUGCACGGACGGUGAUUGAGUUGAUCCAAAGGCAAUGCUCGAGCACGUGCAGUACUGUAUAUAUACCAUCCUUAGUCCAAAACGACAUUGAUACCAACUAUUAUUGCUAGUAGCCUUUUGGUGCAAUGGUAACCAUGCCUUAGGAUCCUCUGUUGCCGAUUUCGCUCGAUCAUACUGAGGAUAUCAACAGACACUAACCCGACAAUAGUGUCCUGCUGCAGAUAGUCAGUAAACAGCCUCGGUUUCUCCAAAAGUCUUAUCGACCUAAAAGGCAAAGCACAAGGCU